UUAGAGCACAGUCCAGACAUCGCUCAGCUGCAGAGAUGAAUAACCAAAGAGUAACCUAUGCAGAACUGAAUGUGGCCAAGUAUGCAAAGAGGCAGCAAAGGAAACCUAAGGUCACUAAAGGCUCCAUUUCAGUAGUUGAGCAGGAAAUAACAUAUGCUGAAUUAAAUCUUCAAAAUGCUUCUCAGGAUCUUCAAGGGAAUGACAGGAAUGACCACUGCAAAGAUUUACCAUCACCUCGAGAGAAGCUCAUUGCUGGGAUCCUGGGAAUCAUCUGCCUUGUCUUGUUAUCCACUGUGUUAACGAUAGUUGUUAUUCCCUUUAGUAAAGUAGUGGGGCAGAACAAUUCAUCCCUGAUAACAAGAAUCGAGAAAGCAUAUAAUUGUCACUGUCCGAAGAAGUGGUUCACAUAUUCCAACAAUUGCUAUUACAUUGGUAGUGAAAAAAAAGCGUGGAAUGAGAGUUUGAUGGCUUGUGCUUCUAAGAACUCUAGUCUGCUUUAUAUAGACAAUGAAGAAGAAAUGAAAUUUCUGAAUUCCAUAUCACUUCUAUCAUGGAUUGGAGUCUUUCGUAACAGCAGUGAUCAUGCGUGGAUGUCAAUAAAUGGCUCAACUUUCAAAAUGAACAUAACAGAAUCAUCAUCUGGUAAAUAUAACUGUGCUUUCCUAUACUCAUCUGGCCUCAAAGCAGAAAGUUGUGGAUCUCCAAUUAUAUAUAAUUGCAAGCAUAAGCUUUAUAAUGGAAACACCUGAGUUUGGAUUCUGUUGGAUAACUUUCAAUUUCAUGAAAUGGAAAUAAUAUUAUGAUUGCAUAAGUCUUAAUAUUAAUUACAUUAUUUGUUUUAUUAAUGAAAAUUUUUUCAAAAGCAAUGAUUGGAAUAUAAAAUUCACAACAAAAUGUACAAGCAUCUUUAUAUUGUGUCUGGCUUUUUUUACUCAACAUUAUAUUUGUGGCAUUCAAACUUUUUAAAAGCUCACAUGU